AUGUAAGAUAUAUUUAAAGACCCUAUUCCAAAUCCAGACGAUAUAUUUGAUAAUGUAAUUGAAGAGGUAUUUGAUUAGAAAUUCGGAAGAAAGAAAUAUAUAGUUAAAAAAAUUUUAAAAUAAAAACCUGAAGAUAAAGAAUCAAACAAUGGAAAAAAAGCUAAAACAGUAUAAGAAACCAUGUUUUUAUAAAAGCGUACAGAAGAUUUAAAACUUGAUAAAAAUAUAGGAAAAAGAGUUACUGUAACUAAAGAAUCUUAAAAAUAAGAACAUGGUGGAUUUUAUUGUUAAUUAUGUGAUACACAUGUUUGGGAUUCUAAUGCUUGGCUUGAUCAUAUAAAUGGAAAAAAACAUUUAAGAUUAAUUGGAAUGAAUAACAAAGUUAUGAAAGUAGAUGUUAGUUGUGUUUAAUAAAAAUUGCAAAGUUUAAAAAAUAAAGAUAUGAUAUAAAUUGAUGAAUUAGAUGAAAUUUAAAAAGAAGAGGAACUUAAAAAAUAAAAGAAAAAAUUAAAAAAAAACAAUGAAGAUAAAAAUGAUAGAAAUGAAUAAAAUAAUUAAGAAUAAUAACUAAAUUUAUAAAAUAAAGAUAAAUAAUAUCUAUAAGAAGAUAUUAAGGCAGAUCAAUAGAAAAAUACAGAGUAAAAAUCAUAAGAAGAAGAAGAAGAAGAUGAAGAUGAAGAAUAAUUAUUAAUGAAAUAAAUGGGAUUACCAACAUAAUUUUUUUCGAAAAAAUAAAAGUGA